AUGAACAGUUCGGGAAGGAUAGCAGUCAGCUGGGUAGUAACACAUGCCUUUUUUCCCCCCUCUCCUUUUAAUUUAGGCAAAGGAGGUAAAAAUAGGCGACGAGGUAAGAAUGAGAAUGAAUCAGAAAAACGAGAACUGGUGUUCAAGGAGGACGGGCAAGAAUAUGCCCAGGUGAUCAAGAUGUUAGGCAAUGGAAGACUGGAGGCAUUAUGUUUUGACGGUGUGAAGAGGUUAUGUCAUAUCAGAGGGAAACUAAGAAAAAAGGUUUGGAUAAACACAUCUGAUAUUAUAUUGGUGGGCUUAAGAGACUACCAGGAUAACAAGGCUGAUGUUAUUCUAAAGUACAAUGCAGAUGAAGCCAGAAGUCUGAAAGCAUAUGGGGAGCUCCCAGAACAUGCUAAAAUCAAUGAAACAGACACAUUUGGUCCUGGAGAUGAUGAUGAAAUCCAGUUUGAUGAUAUUGGAGAUGAUGAUGAAGAUAUUGAUGACAUCUAAAUUGGAACAGAGGUUUACAUUCCAACUUUCCUCCUCCCAGGAUUGUUCUACAUUGAUAUUUCGAUUAUUUUUUUGGGUGAAGUCCCUUUCUUUUAAGAAGACUGAAAAUUCUUGGUAAAGAGUGUACUUUGUUACAUCAAAAGGAUUUAUUUUCAAUGUUUGUUUUAAAGUAUUUAUAUUUCUUUAGAAACGGAUAAUGCUGGAUUAUCACAAAGGUUAAAUGAAAUGCCACAAGUAUUUUGCCUCUUCACCAAUUAGAGCUUUUACCUCUGGAUGUAAGCGAGAUGCAGUGACAUGGGCUGUAAACGACUGCAUUCCUCCCUCUUCUGCUUUCAUCACUACAAUUCCAGUUACACUUGUAUUUCGAAAUAAAAAUUGCGAACCCUGUAACUAUCAUGGAUUUUGAUUAAAUACUCAGUUCAGAUUAAUGUCAAGUCAUACUACGCAGUGUGUGUCCUCAUGCCCCUUGCCUUGAUGCUAACUUUGAAAAAAAGAGUUUCAUAAUAGAAGAGGAAGGCAGAAAUCUGCAUUUAACUUCAUAAUGUCAGAAUCUGCUCUUCGUGUCUAGUAGCAUGCUGCUAUUUUUAUACUGAUUUUGAUAAUUCCCCACUCAUAAUUUCAGAGAUGGAAAUAAUUUGCCGCAGGGGAGCGGCCGGGGCAGGGCGAGCAUGAGGCGCCGGCAGCGUCUCCGGCUCGCUGCUCGCUGAGCUGUAGGUGCAGCCCCUGAGCGCGGGGUGGCACCCAGCCCCAGCGAGACACCAGUGCCGAGCACGGGAAGCUGCUUCUGCACCGAAACGUACGUCAGCUCCUUCCGCUUUUCCCAAAGUGAAUGCCUAACGUUCUUGCUACGGUAAACGUGUAGAAUACUUUUGCCUUAUAGAAAAGGUUAUGUUACCAGUAGAGUUUUAUUUUAAUCUCUGAUUCCAUGCAUUGUAAGGUACAACGUUAAAGCUUAUGUGAGCUCUGCAUAACAAUAAAGAGGAGAAAUUAAAUUUGUGUCAAAAUUAGGGAAAAUCUUUUUGUCCAGAAUGGAUCACGGAAACAAGCGAAUGGGAAGGUUCUUCUCCAGCUUCUGACUGGAGGAAGCGGUUAACAAGUUGAAUAAAAACUAACAUCAUCAUGCAACUAUUAUUUUGUGGCAGCUUUAGUUUCUGUGUCUUUAAUUAUGUAUUUAACAACUCUGAAUGCAGGUUAAUAGAAAAUUUUAUUUUGUGCCAUAAAAAAAGAUCUGAUUCUUGAUACUUG